CUCGCGAGAAGAGGCCAUGCUGGCCGGGAAAAUGGCGCCUCCCAGUCCCCGCGAGCCCAAGGUCCCUGCGGCUACGACUGCGGCCAAAUCCGACGGGGAGAUGGUGCUGCCGGGCUUCCCGGACGCCGACAGCUUCGUGAAGUUUGCUCUCGGGGCAGUGGUGGCAGUCACCAAGGCGUCUGGGGGCUUGCCACAGUUUGGCGAUGAGUAUGAUUUUUACCGAAGUUUUCCUGGCUUCCAAACAUUUUGUGAAACACAGGGAGACAGAUUGCUUCAGUGCAUGAGCAAGGUGAUGCAGUACCACGGCUGUCGAAGCAACCUCAAGGAUCGCAGUAAAGUGACUGAGUUGGAGGACAAGUUUGAUUUACUAGUUGACACCAAUGAUGUUAUUCUUGAAAGAGUAGGCAUUUUACUGGAUGAAGCAUCAGGUGUGAAUAAAAAUCAACAGCCUGUCCUCCCUGCAGGAUUACAGGUUCCCAAAACAAUAGUGUCCAGCUGGAACCGUAAGGCAGGCGAGUAUAGUAAAAAAACAAGAUCUGAAACUUUCAGGCUGCUUCAUGCAAAGAACAUCAUCCGACCUCAGCUUAAAUUCCGAGAGAAGGUCGACAAUUCCAACACCCCAUUUCUUCCUAAAAUCUUUAUCAAGCCCAAUGCUCAGAAGCCUCUCCCUCAGGCACUCUCGAAGGAAAGGCGGGAGCGCCCGCAGGACCGUCCUGAGGACCUGGACGUGCCCCCGGCCCUGGCUGACUUCAUCCACCAGCAGAGGACGCAGCAGGUGGAGCAGGACAUGUUUGCGCACCCUUACCAGUACGAACUAGAUCACUUUACCCCACCGGAUUCGGUCCUUCAGAAGCCGCAGCCCCAGUUAUAUCGGCCCGUGGGAGACACGCCCUGCCACUUUGUGUCCUCCCUGGAUGACCUUGUGGAGCUCAACGAAAAACUCCUGAGUUGCCAAGAAUUUGCUGUAGACUUGGAGCACCACUCUUACAGGAGCUUCCUGGGGCUCACCUGCUUGGUGCAGAUCUCCACCCGGGAGGAAGACUUCCUCGUUGACACCCUGGAGCUUCGAAGUGACAUGUACAUUCUCAACGAGAGCCUCACGGACCCCGCUAUCGUUAAGGUCUUCCACGGCGCCGAUUCUGACAUUGAGUGGCUGCAGAAAGACUUCGGGCUCUACGUGGUGAACAUGUUUGACACCCACCAGGCAGCACGCCUCCUUAACCUGGGCAGGCACUCGCUCGACCACCUGCUGAAACACUACUGCAACGUGGACUCUAACAAGCAGUACCAGCUGGCUGACUGGCGAAUACGGCCUCUGCCUGAGGAAAUGCUCCACUACGCCCGAGACGACACGCACUACCUGCUCUACAUCUACGACCAGAUGAGGCUGGAGCUGUGGGAGCGAGGCGGGGGCCAGCCCGUGCAGCUGCAGGUGGUGUGGCAGCGCAGCAGGGACAUCUGCCUCAAGAAAUUCUUCAAACCUAUCUUCACGGAUGAGUCUUACCUCGAACUAUACAGGAAGCAAAAGAAGCACCUCAACACCCAGCAGCUGACGGCCUUUCAGCUGCUGUUCGCCUGGAGGGAUAAAACAGCCCGUCGGGAGGAUGAGAGUUACGGAUAUGUCCUGCCAAACCACAUGAUGUUAAAGAUAGCCGAGGAGCUGCCCAAGGAACCUCAGGGCAUCAUAGCUUGCUGUAACCCUGUCCCUCCUCUCGUACGGCAGCAGAUAAAUGAAAUGCAUCUCUUAAUCCAGCAGGCUCGAGAAAUGCCCUUGCUCAAGUCUGAAGUCGCAGCCGGAGCACGGAGGAGUGGACCACUGCCCAACCCUGAGAAACUAGAAAAUGUGCUCUUUGGGCCUCACGACUGCUCCCACGCCCCUUCAGAGGGCUGUCCUGUCAUGCCAGCUAGGGCUCUAGGGCCUGUGCCAGUGAGGAAGCAGACAAGCCUCUUCCCAGACCCAGAAGAAGAGAAAGCCCUGCUGGACACCAAAUGCCUUAUCGCCACGGCUGUCAUCACGUUAUUCAGUGAACCUAGUGCUGAAGCACAAGGAAAGGCUCCAUUAACAGUCGCACAGAAGAAAGCCCGGGCCAUAAUGGAGUCCUUCGAAAAUCCAUUUAGGAUGUUCCUGCCGUCCCUGGAACAGCGUGUUCACAUUUCCCAGGCAGCAAAGUUUGAUCCAUCAUCAAAAAUCUAUGAAAUCAGCAACCACUGGAAGCUGGCAAGCCGGGGACAGGGACAGAAAGAAUCUAAGGAAAUGGCCAAGAAGAAGUCGGCCGAGCAAACAGCUGCCCGGACCCAGGCCGAGGAAGAGGACAAGGCGACAGUGGGACCGGCCAUCUCUGCCCGACAGCAGGCGGCUCUGGAAUGCGCCGCGAAGAAGAGAGAGCGGACCACGAGCGACCCAAGGACAGUGGGGCAGAAACAAGAACAGAAGCGGCCCAAAAUGUCCAAGAAGCCAAAGGACACUGACCCACCAACAAAAGAGUUCACCCCUUACGACUACAGCAAGUCGGACUUCAAGGCUUUUGCUGGAAGCAGCAAAUCCAAACCUCCUUCCCAGUUUGAUCCAAAUCAGCAGACGCCAUCUGGCAAGAAGUGCAUUGGAGCCAAAAAACUUAAACAGUCACUGGGAAACAAAAGCAUGUCCUUCCCGACCGGAAAGUCAGACAGAGGUUUCAGGCACAACUGGCCGAAGAGAUAGUGCUGGAAGAGACCCUCGAGGCCCCAGUGGAGACGCGCCAGGGAGGUGCUGGUCGUGUACAGACUCCUUUUUAAACCAUUAAAAGUCUUUUUACGGAAGAGAGCUGGUUCCCGACUCCCUCUGCCACCCCGCAGCCCUGGCAGGCGCAGACAGACCCAGCCCCUGCGGAGCGCCGUCCUCAGCUGCCGGGGUAAGCUGCCUUUGGAGGAGACUGAUUCUGGAAGAGUCCAGAACCACCCGGAAGGCAUGAAGGAAAGCCGCCUGUGGCUCCGAAGAGGGCCUGGGCGUGGCGAGGCGGGGCACGGCACGAGGGGCCCGUCCCUGUGCUUUCACACCGGAGCGAGGCCGAGGGCGCAGGGCGGUGGAGCCGGCCGGGCUCCCGGGGCCUCUCUCCUCUGCCCCUUCCUUCUGCUCUUUUUUUCUCAUGUUUUUUUCCCCGUUUAUAAAACGUCCUACAUGUUUGUUGUAGGAAAUGUGGAGAACAGAAAUGCAAGAGAAAUUAAAUCAUCUGUUACCCACA